UAUCCACCAUGUCUUCAACUCUACGAAGUGUCCGACUUGCACCGGUGCAAUCUUUCAGCUUUGCUCGCCAUUUCUCCACCUCAAAGACUUUCGCGUCUCGCCUUCGUCAACCGGGAGAGCCUACAGGUCCCAACGAACCCGCCCGUCAUACAAACUCCGCACCCUCGAAGUCCCCGCUCAAGGUCUGGCCUUUCGUAUUCAUUUUUGCAGCUGGGUCAUUCCUAUUCAAGAAGAUCGUUGAUCAGAGGAAAGGGGAUUACUCUAACGCUGGAAAACCUGUCGCCGGACAUUCACCCUCGCGCCCUUAGAUAAUACUCUUCAUUCCACAUCUCCACGAUGCCCGCUGUACCUGAGCUCGGCAGCAUCAUGCGCGAUGCCCCUCUCUGGGACCCCAAGGACGUUACGGUCCUUUUCGUUCUCGGUGGACCUGGUGCAGGAAAGGGUACGCAAUGUGCCAAACUCGUCUCGGACUAUGGCUUCAAGCAUUUGAGCGCUGGAGAUCUAUUGCGCGAGGAGCAGGAUCGAGCUGGGUCCCAAUUCGGUGAUCUGAUCAAAUCAUACAUUAAGGAGGGUACUAUUGUGCCCAUGGAGAUUACGAUCAAGCUGCUUGAGAACGCUAUGCAGGCGGCAAGGGAGAAGGAGAACAAGCAUAUGUUCUUGAUUGAUGGUUUCCCUAGGAAGCUUGACCAAGCUCACGCAUUCGAGCGUAGUGUCGUGCCCUCCAAGUUCACCCUUUUCUUCGAGUGCACUGAAGAGGUCAUGCUCGAGCGUUUGCUCGAUCGCGGCAAGACUUCAGGCCGUGCAGACGACAACAUCGAGUCCAUCAAGAAGCGCUUCAGGGUCUUCGUCGAGACCAGCAUGCCUGUUGUCAACGAAUUCGAAGAGCAGGGUAGGGUUGUCAGGGUUGAUGCCGUCCAGGCCCCCGAGAAGGUGUACCAAGAUGUGCAGAGCAAGCUCAAGGAAAGGGGAGUUGAGCCAAUCACGCUCAAAUUCGUCCAGAACUAGGACAACCUCAUCAGUACAUAGACGAAAGAGUAUAGAUACAGUUACAAGUUUAGCAAGCACAGCAAACAUUAUUUUCAGGUUCGA